UUCAAUUCCCAUUUCUCUGUUUAUACUUUCUUUUGUUUUCUUUUUCACUUUUACAAAGAAGAAUAGUUCUAGUCAUACUUCUUCACUCUUGUUCAGUUUCAGUUGAGCUAGCUCAUCACCGUCCCAGUCACACUCUAAUCGGAAGGAGACGUUUAACCAGAGGAGUAGAGGUCAAGUGAGGAAUAAAGAGGGAAAUGGCGGCAAAGGUUUCGAAUUUCUCGGAUUUGGUUCAGAGGGUGGCCGCUUCUUGCUUGCUGCACCCACUUGGCGCCGGCAGGAACGGUGACUUCGCCGUGAAUGGCGCGGGAGAUGAGGAUGAUUUCAGUGAGCUCGAAUUGGAUGAGCCGGAGGAGGAAGUGAGAGAAGAGGAGGAGAUUGGUGGUGGAGGAGGGUUUAGGGUUAGGGAGGAGAGGUCAAGGAAGGAGGUAAUGGAGAUGGAGAUGGCAAUGUGGGAAGUGUUUGACGCCGUUUCGGCAAUGAAGAAGGCCUACGCUGGCCUGCAGAAGGCACAUAGCCCUUGGGACCCGGAGAAGAAGGGUGGCCGACAUAGAGCGGUGGCGGGGGGUACACUGAGGGAGGUGGUGGCACCAUAUGAGGCGACCGUGGAGGAGCUGAAGAAGGAGGUGAAGGCUAAGGAAGUAGAGGUUGAUAACCUCAAGGAAAAGCUCAGUAGUGUAGUUAAUGGCUCCAACGGGAAUAAUGGCAAGAAGGGCAGAUCUAUCUCAAGGAGGAAGGUAGGUUGCAGUCAACUUCAAGUUGUAGCUGCUCCUGCACCGGAUCUGUUUGAGGCAACAAUGAGCCAAGUGAAAGAGGCAUCAAAGUCCUUCACUUUAUUGCUCCUCUCUCUCAUGCGUGCCGCUCAUUGGGACAUUGCCGCAGCUGUGCGUUCCAUUGAAGCUGCCACUGUGACUGCCAUUACCACAACAGCUAUUAACACAUCCUCCAUUCUCACAACGACCCAGAAUGGUAGUGCCAAGUAUGCUCUCCAGUCCUACAUUUCCAGCAAAAUGUUCCAAGGCUUUGAUCACGAGACAUUCUACAUGGACGGUAGCCUCUCCUCGCUUCUCAACCCGGAUCAGUACCGCCGUGAUUGCUUCACUCAAUACCGUGACAUGAAGGCCAUGGAUCCUGCCGAGCUUCUUGGAAUAUUGCCCACGUGUCACUUUGGCAAGUUCUGCUCAAACAAGUACUUGGCCAUAGUUCAUCCCAAGAUGGAAGAGUCAUUGUUUGGAGACUUGGAUCAGCGACGCCAGGUCUUAGAUGGAAACCACCCAAGGAGUGAGUUUUACAGUCAGUUCUUGGGGAUGACUAAAGCAGUCUGGUUACUGCACUUGCUGGCCUUCUCUCUUGACCCAACACCUAGUCAAUUUGAGGCUACUAGAGGUGCUGAGUUUCAUCCACACUACAUGGAAAGUGUUGUCAAGCUUUCGGGUGGGCGGGUUCCUUCGGGUCAGGUUGUCGGGUUUCCUGUAAGUCCUGGGUUCAAGCUUGGAAAUGGGUCUAUUAUCAAGGCCAGAGUUUACCUAGUUUCCAGGGAUUAGAGGUUUCAACAGAUAAGGAAACAGACGAGGAAACAUAAUGUAGAAUUCAGUCCUACUCCAAUAAAUGUUCCAACUGUGUUGUAUAAAUGAAAGAUGUGUUUUUUUUUUCUCUCUCUCUCUCUCUAGUUGCUAUUACACAAACAUAAAUUCUGAUUAUCUGGUAUCUUGUAGUCAUACUCAUUUUACAGUGUCAUUUUGGAUAUAAUCACUAUUGAUCCGACUAUAAAAGACCAAUAACGGAGAUCAUUGAUCUUCAAAUUGGGUCCGGAUUUGGA